UAGUGAUUGGUUCUCGCCAUUCUUCACGACCCAACGGCAGUGCAACGACGGGGAACUCUGGUCCACCGUACAGCCAAAUAUGGUUCUUGAGUGACGGUGCCUCGAAAGUCAAGUUUGAAGAUACGCCCAAAAGUGAUGUUAGAGACCGCACGGUUCGUGUGGAUCGCACUCUUGUUGGCCGCGCUUAGCCUCCAUCUCAGCACCGGGGCCGAUUGGAACUUUCUCAAGUGUUUCGAAACGGUGAAGCAAUGUCCGAAUCAAAAUGUGUCCUUCUACCUGUACACGAGAGCAACCCAAAACAAUCCGACCAAACUGGACAUGUUCGAUCCGGCCACCGUCAUGAACGCUAACUUUAUCCGUGGCCGCCCCUUGAUCGUGCUAAUCCACGGUUACACCGGUCACCGGGAUUACGCCCCCAAUCCAACGAUACGCCCGGCUUACCUCGCUUACGAUGAGUACAACAUCAUCUCCGUCGACUACAAUCCGCUUGCCCAGGAACCGUGCUACCUGCAGGCCGUCCGCAAUCUUCCAACCGUCGCCAACUGCACAGCGCAGCUGCUCGACUUUAUCAUCGCAAGCCGGAUCAUACCGCUGGAAGACAUCCACGUCGUGGGGUUCAGUCUCGGUGGCCAGACUUCCGGCAUGAUCGCGAACUAUCUGAAGGCGGGCCGGCUAAAGCGCAUUACGGGGCUCGAUCCAGCCAAACCACUGUUCGUGUUUGCUGCGAACGAGUACAAGCUCGACCAGUCGGAUGCCGAGUUCGUGCAGGUGAUCCACACGGACGUGUUCCAGCGCGGUAUACUGCACCCGAGUGGCCACACCGAUUUCUACGUGAAUGGGGGCGUGGAGCAGCCGGGCUGUGAUGCGGCGACCAUGAUGUCGCCCGGCGAGUGCAAUCAUAACCGGGCGCCCGAGUACUUUGCCGAGUCGAUCGGCACGCAGGUCGGAUUCUACGGGUACCGGUGUGCCCACUGGUACCUGUACAUGCUCGGUAUCUGCCGGGGCAAUGGGGCGACCGACCAGCAGCUGGCCAUUAUGGGGGCCCACACUCCCAACACGACACGAGGCCUCUAUUUCCUGACCGUUAACAUGAUGCCACCUUACGCAAGAGGAAGGAACUUUACACUCCGCGAAGAGCUGGCGAUGAUCACGGCGAAUAUUAUGAGUUAGGCUUAGGACACCUGAGGAAGCCCCACGACGAUAAUGAGACGACGACGAAUUAUGAAAUAAACA